GUUGGGACAUUGUACUGUCAUACCCACAGCAGUAGAAAUUCAGUUUAAGUAGGAGCACUCACAUUAUGUGGGAGAUACAGGGACGAUUAGGACGACUUGUGAAAAUGUUGACUAUAAAGCGGUUGUUGAGCACCGUGGUCCGAGCAUGUCCACUGCUUUCGAUUAAGCCGACGCGGGGACUUGUAGACGAGAAGCUUCAGAUCGUCGUGAGGAAUUUAAGACCAAAACAAGACGUGACACUUCACUCUGUACAUCAGUCAGAAGAUAAGGAUUUUUGGGAAGCCUUCGGACACUAUGUCAGCGACGGCAACGGCACCGUGACCGUGGCAAAGGACGCCAGUCUGAGCGGCACCUAUGUAGGUGUGGAGGCCAUGGGCCUGAUGUGGAGUCUUCGGCCAGUGCCAGGGAGUCGAACAGGACUGAGAUUCCGAAAGAAAGAUGUCCUGUCACCACUGGUAUUCCACAUUUCUGUGCAUGAUGGACAUGUUUCUCAGGGUUUUACUCAGCUCACGCCAUUAGAGAGCCUUGUUAUAGAGCGAUGGUACAUGGCUCCAGGUGUACGAAGAUUCGAUAUCAGAGAGAGAGGUGUUCGAGGAACUUUGUUCAUACCUCCAGGCCCUGGCCCAUUCCCUGGUGUGCUGGAUAUGUGGGGAGGGGGUGGUGGACUGGUGGAGUAUCGAGCCGCCCUCCUGGCAUCACAUGGCUUUGCAUCAAUGGCGCUGGAGUAUCUGACUCCUGGUGAAUUAAAAAAACUAAAGGCUGAUGUCAAUUACUUUGAGACAGCAUAUCAAAUCCUGCAGAAUCAUGACAUGGUGCGGAGGGACAGGUUGGCUCUGUGUGGUCUCUCGUUUGGUGGCUGUAUCACCCUCUCUAUGAUUGUCUACUCCAAAAUCAUUCAGCCCCAGUGUUGUGUGUGCAUCAGUGGCAGUCAUAUUCCAGUCAUCAAAAAGUCUUUGGAUGAAACCUUUGAAGACAUAAGGAAACAUAUAAAUAAAAUUCGGAUAGAGAACAAUCAGCACAUCUGGAGAGACAUUACCCUGCCUGUCCCAACAGAUCCCACCUUGAAAGUGGAUGUUGCCCGCGUAACAUGUCCAGUGCUGUUAGUGGUCGGUGGUGAUGAUCAGAACUUGCCCACUCUGGAGGCUUCUGAAGAUAUACAACACAUAAUGGAAAAGGCAGGAAAUCAUCACCUGCUCCAAGUCCUCAUCUACCCUGGUGCAGGUCAUCUAAUUGAGCCGCCAUACUCACCACACCACCGGGCCACAAACUUCAUAGUGCAAGAAGGCAAAGAUAAAAUACUCUUGCUCUGGGGUGGACAGGCCAAGCCACAUGCAGAUGCCCAAGAGGACUCAUGGGAAAAACUUCUGGCCUUUCUACAGCAACACCUGUAUCAUGCAACUCCACAGGCAGAACUGUAGUGGUGCAUUAUUUGUAUGGAUGAGUAUUUGUAUAGAGAAAACCUCUCAAAUCAUUUUAGAAGAAAAAAUUGUAGUAUGAUACCUGUGAUUUUUCAGUAAUACUAUUUUUGGAAUACUUAAGUAAGGUGUUGUUCUUAGUUUAGUAAAGCCCAAAUUAAAAAUGUUAAAUGGUUUAUUCACUAUAAAAUAAAAUUUAUACACUAUGACCUGUAUCAGUAUAUGAAUCAAGGUAUGUUUUGUGAAAAUCACUAAUAAUUGCAUUAUAAAUUGUAAUAAUGCACAUGAAACACCUUGUUAAUACUUUGUUAUGCAGAUUAACAUAAAUUAAUAAUAUAAAUUCAAAUGUUGGUCUAUAAUUAGUCACAUUGUUCAUAAAGGUUCCAGGAAGUGACUUCUGAGUUUUUUUGGUUCAGUGCUAUUAAGCCUUUAAUGAUUCAGUAAUAAAGGUAUGCUCCAAUUUCUAAAAUAGUAAAAUAAUAGCAAAAUAGUAAACACAUGUACAAUCCCAUACAUCUGCCCCAUGUCACUGCAUCCUCAUCUACACCAGCAGUGAAGAUGUUUCAGAUGACCACAGAAACAAGAAGCACUUCAUGACACCUGGUACAGAUGGCUUAAUAAUGUCUGCCUGUGCCUGUAUGUGUUUUAUGUGGUUGGUUAAGUGUAGUGGGUAACAAGACUGCUUCUCCUAUGUAGGAUUGGGAUUCAAGCCCUGUCUGGGCAAGUGCUCUAUGCUGUACCAAUAAAAUUCUUUAGGUAAGAUUUC